UUGCUCAUAAUACAUCUGUAAGAUGUUUAUGAUGUAAAACCGACAUCUUUAAGACGUCUAUCAGAUGUAUGUUCACAGCAGAUGUGUUCUUUAACUUUAACAGACAUCUUGUAGAUGUGCUCUGGGUUUGCUGAGUGAAGAGCUGUGCAUUCGAAUCAAUCCAUCCGAACGAACCGAUUCACUUCAACGAGUCGGACUCCCCGACGCGAAGGCACGUCAUGAAUAUUAAUUAGCUCAACCGCCUAUGGCUUAGCUAGACUACUGAAUAUUUAAAAAAUGACCUUCUUGGUAACCAUCCUAAUGCCUCGUGAACGCGUCUUCGCAGUAAUAAAAUCCGAGAGCAAAGAGGAACAGAAAUCCUUUUUAAAUCCGCGGGUCGCGAUUGGGCGCGUGCACAACACACCUCCUCCUCACCAACACCCAUCCAUCAUCCAUUCUCCACCCAGAACCCGCUGCACAAGCAGAGCCGGUGCACCCAGCAGGUGCCAGACAAGCUAGGAGGUGAAAUUUUCCACUACGACCCGAUUAGUGACUUACAGCUGGCGCAGACUCGAUCUCCCUGCUGCGUUACCGCUACACCGCAUCACCUCCUCCUCACAGACAUUCAGCACAGGACAGGCCCGAGGAACUAAAGCAGGUUUGAGCUCAUCUCAUCUAAACGAACACAGCUUCAAGCAGUGAUGGACUUCCUUGCUGGAUGCAUAGGAGGUGCUGCCGGGGUCCUCGUCGGACAUCCUUUCGACACAGUUAAGGUUCGUCUUCAGGUCCAGAGUGUUGAUAAACCACUUUACCGAGGCACUUUUCAUUGUUUCCAGUCCAUCAUACGUCAAGAAUCAAUGCUUGGUCUUUAUAAAGGCAUUGGGUCGCCCAUGAUGGGCCUGACGUUCAUCAACGCCAUCGUCUUUGGUGUUCAGGGCAACACCAUGCGUAUGUUAAGCAAGGAUACACCUCUGAACCAGUUCCUAGCUGGAGCGGCGGCUGGCGCCAUCCAGUGCGUGAUCUGCUGCCCGAUGGAACUGGCCAAGACCCGAAUGCAGAUGCAAGGAACGGGCGAGAAGAAGUCGUCCUCUCGGAAGGUCUACAAAAACUCACUGGAUUGCCUGGCUCGCAUUUACCAGCGCGAGGGUUUGCGGGGAGUCAACCGGGGAAUGGUUACAACUCUUAUCCGGGAGACACCGGGCUUCGGCGUUUAUUUCCUCACGUACGACCUACUGACGCGUUCGCUGGGAUGCGAGCCGGAAGAUCCGUACAUGAUUCCCAAACUGCUGUUCGCCGGCGGGAUGUCGGGAAUCGCAUCUUGGCUUUCGACGUACCCGGUGGAUGUGAUAAAAUCCCGGCUCCAGGCCGACGGGGUCGGAGGAAAGUACCAGUACAGUAGCAUCAUGGACUGCACGAGGAAGAGCAUCCAGCGCGAAGGUUGGCGUGUUUUCACACGCGGACUUACUUCCACUCUUCUACGGGCUUUUCCAGUUAACGCAGCCACUUUCGCAACGGUCACCCUCUUCCUUUUGUACGUACGUUCGGAUGACGCUCCGAAAGAUUGCGAAGCUGCUCCAGGUACACAUCACGCGCCAUUGCAGCAACAAGUGCAACCAUCCAGUCUGUGAGUAACCUCAUCUCUCUGGGAUAUCAACUAGCUUGACGCGUAGCACUUCCCAAAUCAUGGCUGACCUGUUACUAAACGAACAGUUGCUGUGCAGUGAGCACAUCUGUCCACUGUAAACGGAAUUGCACAACUUCUAUCUGUACACUGACUUGAGCUCUGCAUUUGUAAAUAUAUUUUUUAUAUUCAAUUCAAUAUAUAUAUAUAAUUAUAGUGUCCCUGUGGCUCAAGUGGUAGAGCAUUGCGUAGCAAGCGCAAGGUUGGGAGUUUGAAUCCCGGGGAACACAUGUUAGGAAAAGUUGUUAGACUGAAUGCAAUGUAAGUCGCUUAAGAUAAAAGCGUCUGCAUAAAUGCAUAAAUGUAAAUUUAACAAACACUUUCCUGUGUCUGCCUUAUGAGAGAUGAAAGAAUCCGACCUCUGAAAGUAAGAAUUUGCAUGUUGAUGUAGUCAACUACUUUUGUUGUUGCUUGGGAAAACUAGAAAAACUUGCUUCGACAUUGCAAAUUAUUGCUACACUGAAGAGAAACCAGUGUCUAAACAAAUCCUCCAAAGCAUAUAUCAAGUUUAGCUAGGCUGGACACCAAUUGAUGUGAAUAGAAAAGAGGCUGUAAUGUGUAGACGUGUGGAUGUAGGUUGUGCCUUCUUAAGGUUAUAGUUGUUUCCAGAGGUUUCUGGUCCACGGUAAAUUCAUUUUUGGAAAGGUAGUUACCAAGGUCCUUCUCAGCCGUGUUUUUGUUUGCAUCUAAUCUAACAUGGUCUCUACCCUGACUAAGUUAAAGCCCCGGACAUAAGAUAAAAUUUGUAAGGUCAACUCCACCAAGACUUGGACAAAUAUGAUUCUGGCCCUGGAGAAUAUAGUCUUUGUUAUUAUGAUGUUUUAAUCUGAGGAGUGAGAACCUCCUUUUAGUGGAAGCUGCUGGUGAAAUUGCCUAAAAGGUUACAAUAUCUUGGCCCACUUUUAAAGCUGUGUAAUGAAUAUAGUAGACACCAAUGUUCCGAAGUUUCUAAAUCACUAUUGUGAUGUAUGAGGAACUGUUGAUAUUGUCUACUUCAAAAUGUAUUACCUUGUUGCUGGUGUACUGAAAAGAGAAUGAACCAAAGUUUUUUUUGUCUGACAAAUCAAAUUCUGUCCCCUCAGUGUAAGUCUUCUGCCCUAGACUUAUGGUUUAUUAUCUAUAAAAUUAAUGAAGUAUUUGCAUGUUUUCUGUAACUUAUUAAAGUGUUGGGAUACAAGUUGUAUCGGCCCCAUUGGAGGUCCACUGUAUCUAUAUCUAUACUGCUAUUAGAGUUUUAAAUGACCUGCUGUGUUCAAGUAACAUCUUUUGAUUGACUGACGCAUGUGGGUUGUCUCUUGAGUUAUACUGUAAGAUCAAUAUAUUUUAUGAUCGUGUGUAUCGACGCUGGAAUUUUCUCAGCAUACAGAAAUAAAUGGAUUUGCAUAUGUUAGAUUUCAAAGUACUGAAUGUAAGAGACUAAAACAUACACGUGGGAUAGGAGUGUAUAACAGACAGAAGAUGUUUCUGUAACGGUUACAGAUUGUUUGUUGUAUUAAAUGUAAAUAUGUAGUAUUUAGUAUUAGUAUUAGUAUUUCAAAAAACUAAAUAUGUUGUGUGUGAUGUCUGUGAGAGAUGUAAAUAAACUGUAUGUUAUGGAGCUAGAUUGGUUGCAGAAGUACUGAAGUGGUUUUAAUUUGAAUAGUUUUCUUUCUUUUUCAUGUUCGUUGUUACUGCCGUUGCUGAACAGAUUGAACUGUACUGAAUCGAAUAAAAUGUUCGUCCUAUUUUUGUAUAAAAAACUGUUCUGUGCUGCUCCCAAGUGGUUGGCCUCAAACAAUUUACCAAUUGUUUUUGGUCAUCUAAAAUAUGUGAAAAUAAAUGGGAUAACUAAUAA